AAGACUUUUUAAACCUUCAAUACACUACACGUUUAACACCCUGCAACAGAGCGGUCAAAUUACAUCUGUACAAGGACAGAGGUUCUCACUGUCUGGUCUGGCUGUCCAGUAAUUACUCAUAUGGGAGCUCAUUCCAUCAUAGAUCAGUCUCUUUGUUAAAUCAGAAAAUGACAUUCCUAUAUAUCCAACAUCACAAAAACAAUACUAUGCCCCACAGCAUGUAAAGGCCAAAUAAACACAGCAGUUUUAGCUCUAUUAAAGUUACUGGUUGAACCCUAGGUGAUAUGACUGAGGAAAUAGUACUAUAAUGAAGUUGAUUUACAAAAGCAACAAUCUCACUGUCAUAACAUUUGUGAAUGCAGUAUUCAUUUGUUUUAGCAGGGAGUUCCAUUGAGACCAAGGUUUCUUAUACAAGGGAGGCCUGCAUAUACACAAUUCACUAAUCCAACCUAAUACAAAUAUACACAAUUCACUAAUCCAACAUAAUACGAAUAUACACAAUUUCAAAACACACUCAAGAGGAACAAUCCCAUUCCUCAGCAAAGAUGUCCCCAAUCAACAUGUUGAACUGUCUGAGAGGCACCAGUACAUCUAGUUGUAAGGAACUCUGUAUAUUGUUUGCAACCCAUGUAUGGAACAAACUAAAAGCAGAUUUACCUAACUCUGUGGAGACCAAAGGAGUCUCCAGAGUUAGCCAUCCCUAACACCGGGCAUGGUCAUUUGUACGUCUAAAGACGGAGGUUUUUGUUAUAGAGAUUUAUACAUAAAAAGACAGUAAUGAAUCAACCUACUGUACAUGACUUCAAAGAGGACCAGCCUACAUUCUGGUAUAGAAUGCAGUGAUGUACUGAAAGUGGGUUGCCACUUUUUGAGGAAUGUGAUCCAAGGAUCCAUUGUGUGAUGCUAAUCUCCAAUUUACACUAGUUUGUUGUGCUGUUUAUUCCUUCCCUGGCAUAUACAUUGCAGCCCAUGCUAGAAAUCCACAAUGAGCCUCCCUAAAAGGGUCUCCCUCUGGACCAUGGAGGACGUGUUUGACUGGGUCAAGGAGAAGCACCCCUACCAAAAGAGUGUCCUCCAACUGGCCAUUGUGAAGCAUGACAUAUCCGGCCCACCACUGCUGAUGAUGGGUGAGCACCAGUUGGAGAGGAUGGGGGUGAAGGGGGAGCAUCUUCAGGACAUCCUACUGGACAUUCUUCGCCUCAGGGUCCAGGAGAAACUGGAGAACAUCAACAUCUUCUCUGGUGAGGGAUUCUACAGUCUCCUCUUAAAGAGAUAGUUAGACAUUUAGGCAGUUAAGCCAUUUUGUAAUCUUACCCAGAGUCAAAUGAACUCAUGGAUAAGGGAGAGUGCGGUAAGUUGAGUCAAAAGGGUUAGUUGAGCCAUCCUUGUUUCUAGGCAACCAUACACAAAAGUAAUAAUUUCACCAAAAUGUAGGAAGAGGUCAUCAUUUCAUGGAGUCCGAAGGAAGUAAUCACAUGGAAAAAAUGGUAAGCAAGUUAGGUCCAAAAAACGGAUUUUCAACAAGUCAAAUUAAUUUAUUGCGUUAGAUGUUUCAUGACGCUUGUAUCUAAACUAAAGUAGAUAAUUUUAAGAUCUUCUAUGCAUCAGUUGGGGUCUCUAUAAGCUUCAAUAUGAGGUCCUAAACCCAGCAUGAAAGUGCAUCCUUGUAGCUGUGUGGGAUUAUAGUCAAAAUGUUUUCCUUGGGGUACGUUGUGGCAAUGGUUGUGCCAAUGGCAAGUUUAGAAAAUGGAAGUGUUUUCUUCCCAGGCAUAAUAGAAGGCAUUAUCGCUGGGAUAUGAGGUACCAACAGGGCCUAGCCUAUAUUAAAAGUGCUUUUUUUAAAGUACAAAGGGCUUGGUAUUUGUUAAGCCUGUGUUAAAUUAUCCUUAAAAUUAUUAAAAGACAAAAAAUGAUUGUGAUUGUGUUAAAUUGUGUUUGGGGAAAUAAAUAUAGACAUGGGUUUUAAAAAGGUAGUGGUAAUAUUUCAUUCAGUACAGAAGUUUGUAGGGGGCUUAACUUAACCUAUCCCGUGGCUCAACUUAACCCAUAACGAGUAAGCUGUGCCAAGAGACCACUUUUUUGGACAAGCUAUGUUUUCAAAACUGUAAUGUUUAAAUUAAUUAUUAUUAUUAUUUCCAGGGAUACACCACAUCCUGAAUAUAUAUAUAUAUAUAUAUAUAGAUACAGUGUCUUUGUUAGAAAGAAUACUAUAUUUCUGUUGAUGGAGUGAUGCUGAAGGUAAAAAAUGUCUCUACUUACUCCACUCUACCAUUUUUACGUCUGAGUGCAGUUUGAAGGAAGUUGAAGGUCGUUUCUGGAUACAUUGCUAACUAGCAUUAGAGCAAUGACUGGUUCUCUACUGGUGCAGCUAGAAGGAUUUCAUCUGACUCUGAGUAAGUAGAAAAAAAGGGUUUGAUUGCCAGAAUGACAAACUAUCCCUUUAAACUGUAUCAGGAAUACAGUUGUAGCCUAUAUCAACGGCAUCUUCUUUGAUGAAGAAGUAACUGUAUUGUAAACUGUAUUGUCUGAAACUGUAUCAUAAAGGGACAGACAUAUAUGGUGUCCUCUUAGAUUGCAGAAAAAAUUCACUUGUAGCCUAUAUCAGUUGGCUCAUAUAAACUCAGACAGUGCAAAUACUGCGAGAGAGUCAUACAAGGUUCCAUCAUCAGCCAACAUGAUUGACAGACAUGUAUUUCAUCAAGAGGGUUAGCCUAGAGAUACAUAUCCCCUGCCAAGAAUAGAUUGACAUCGAAAGAGAAGAGAAAGCCUCUGAUGGAUUAUUCAACAGAACUGAAAAGAAAAGACAGAACAAGUUACGCUAUUUGGCGUGGAUACAUAAAACAAGGUCAAGUUCAAUACUACAGAUAAAAUAUGUUCACCAGGGUUUUUGUUCACAGUGGGCUAUGCUUGCAUUUAAAAUGUAUUUUUAACCAAAGGUUUCUUUAGCGCUUUCUCUUUUGAGUGUUUCUCUUCAUGACUAGGAGAAGAUGUCUCUGAUAUUCUUAUGUUCCCCAUCUACGAUGUGGAGGUCUAGAGAAGACAAAAGCAUUUGCUUUCAGGAAUCAUUGACCUGAAGAAAAAAGGCCAGAUUGGUUUUGGCACAGUGGUAUUUUCACGGACACUUCUGUGAAUCAAGUCCUUGCCUCUCGCUCUGUGCUGCUCUUGCAGUCUUUUUUUUUUUUUUACAAUACUCAUUACACUAUGUGGCAGUUAUUGCAGAGGGAGAAUAUAAUUCCCCAUUGAACAGGGGAUACAAUGCAUCCCUCAUCUGGACUAAAUGUUGCAAUCCCAUACCCAGCAGUGAUUUGGCUAGCUAAUGGCCUGUUAUAUUACUCUCAGGAGAUCCAGUGUGAAUUAGUAGGGAAAGUAAGUCAAUUAGUCUCGAGUUAAAUGUAGGGACACAUGGCCAUCAUUUAGAUAACAUCCCAAAUGCUGCUCCAAGCUAUUAGGUCUUUCACAGGGAAGGUAAUGGGGGAUCAUUUAAUGGGAGGUUUCCGGCAGAGACAAAAUGUCUAAUGUAUUUGCUUAUAAGUUCGAUGCUGGAGCAAAGAUGUUGUGUCUUCUGACUGACAUCGGCGUCGUCAUCUUUAUUUGUCUUUUGUUGCUCCGAACCUCAUGCUUGCUUGUAAGAUGUCGGCUGUGUUUUUCUGUCGAUCACAUACGAUCACUGACACAUCUUGGAAUGAAACACAACUAUACAUAGAAACCGUCCAGACAGAGAUGUAUGUAUAGGCAGAGAUUUCCUCUUUCAUUUGGUGCCGAAUCAUAUUCAUAUUACUGUAACAGUCCAUUGUGUUAUCAUGUGUGUAUUAUAUGUGCUAGUUUAAAGUGCAUAGAGAUACUGGUUUAGCAUAUUAAGGAUGUUUUCAAGUUGAGCAAAUAAAAGUGCUACAUUUGCAAA